GUUGAAGACGCGCACGCUGCGGUGCGUCCUGGUCCAGUGUCUCCGUGUAGUUUUCACGCUGAACGGACACUUUUAUUUCCCACGGAGCUUCCGUUUGUUGUUUCCACGUCUGUUCCCCUUCUGCCCUGAACAUCCACGGCAUCAUGCGGUGUGGGAGUCCACUGUGGACACGUCUGGUGUGGGUUUGCGCCGUCCUGCUGCUCGGACCUGGAGGAGCGAAUGGCGACCCGUCCCACGCCCACGCCACCCUGGCAGUCUCCGCCCCCCACCUGUUCUACACCUGUCCUGUAGGCUCCACGGCCAGGCUGCUUUGUACCCAGAGCGGUGCGGCGCUGCAUCCUGAAGACAUGCUCAAACACCUCUGGAUUUUCACCCCCCACAGCGACCAGAUCUGCAAAGACCGGGUGGGCCCCAGAAAGAUCAACCUCCAUUCCCACGGCAACCGCAGUUUGCCGCCGGGGGUAACGUACGGGACGUCCGAGCACAGCUUCUGGGUGACUCUGCAGAACGUGAGCUACAGCGACCAGGGCCGAUACUGCUGCAUGGCCCUGGACCUGAAAAACAAGCACAUCCUGCAGAGGCCGCACAGCCACGUCAUCCUGCAGGUCACACCACGUAGAAACGGAUCUCAGGAGUGUACAGUCUGGGACCCCACCCCACCUGGAGGUUCGGUACCCGUGGCCUUGGCUAUCUCCGCCUGUAUCUUGGCUCUUCUGUCGCUGCCUCUCAUUCUGGUGCUGGUGUACAAACAGAGGCAGAACGCUCACACCCACAGACGUGCACAGGAGCUGGUGAGGAUGGACAGCGAGGCUCACGGCCACGACAACCCGGUGUUUCUGGGGGGAUCGCCGCAGAAUAAGAUCCGCACCGUUUCUCAGAUCAUGACCAGGCAGACUUCGGAGAGCAGCCGCCACCUGCUGUCCGACCCCGGGACCCCCCUGUCGCCGCCCGCACAUGGCGACGUAUUCUUUCCAAUAGAAGACACCAUCCCGGAGUCUCCAGACUUCCUCUAGGUUUCCAGGACGUCCACCCUGGGCUCCACCUGCUGAUCUGAAACCAGCCAAUCCUCUUCUUCUUUUCUUUGCCUCCGAAGACACUUUUCCCCCUCGGACCAUCUGGCGGUGUCGUCGUCUGUACGUCUGGACCGCAGGAGGGAACGGAUUACAUGUUUUAUUUGGGAAAACCGGCUCCGGCUGAAACAACAGCCGGAGGCCGAAGUGGGGCUUUAGCUUGUGACGCAUGUAAACGUGGACGGCGGCUUCACGGACCCACAGACACUCAGGACGAAGAGGCCAUAAUAAAACAGUUCCUGUUGUCCGCGUUCACUCCUAACCUGGUCGGCGCUGUUCAAACAAACGGCGCUUCCUCAUUGGUUCAGAUCAUUCCGGCUCGUAAGUCCACUGUCGCACACAACACAGAUGAUUUAUCACAUCUGUGUGGUUUUAAACUAAUGCUUUUACACCAUCGGCCUUCUGGGAAACAACAAAGAACUGAUGUCUCAUGCGAUUGCAGAAGAUGUUUGGUAACCGUGGUAACGUGUCAGCAUGUAAAACUAUUACAUUAAACAUCAGAAAGUGAAAAGCGGCUAAAGCAGAAGUGUGCGUUGGCAUAUUUUGGCAGUUUUGUAAUUGAACGCUCUG